AUGCAGAAGCUUAUCGUUCUGCUAGCACUCAGUGCCAGUGCAUUGGCGUGUAAGACUUGGCCAAAUGGAACCGACACUACCUUUCACUGGUAUCAGUGUAAUGCUGGUCCUGUGAUGUUCUACAAUGCCACCCCAUUUGACCAAACAGGCACCAAUUACGAGUAUCCAAUUCAUCUUUCAAAGCCCAUCAUGGUCAAAUGUGACGUGCUCAACCCCACACAUGUGUAUUCUUCGCCAAACCUCAAACUUACCAUAAACCUCUGGUCGUGGGGAAACGCAGUGGGCGCUUGCGACUGGAGCGCUCUGCCAACAUUCGGCUUACUAAGCAAUCUGAAUGCAUGCGAACAUGGGAUUCCGUGCCCGAUUAAAACUGGCCGUCAGUAUCUAAAUGUUAUGGUUGACUUUACCCAAUACGAAGCCAUUAUUAACAUUCUGAAGGAUGAUGCCCCAUAUCAGUUGGAGUACGCAAUGCAUGACAAGACCACCGGCGACAACAUUUGUUUGAUGGCACAAGCUCGAGCUAGAAUCACUUAA